AUACGAUAUAGAAAUGGCUAGCAAUUCUGACUUAGACAAACAAAUCGAGCAACUAAUGAAAUGCGAGUAUAUCAAGGAGAGUGAGGUCAAAGCUCUUUGCGACAGAGCCAAAGAAAUUCUCUCCAAUGAGAAUAAUGUUGUCAAGGUUGAGUCUCCACUCACUAUUUGUGGAGAUAUUCAUGGUCAAUUUUAUGACCUUAUGGAGCUCCUGAAGGUCGGUGGAGAAUGCCCAGAGACUAAUUAUCUAUUUAUGGGUGAUUUUGUCGAUAGAGGAUUUUAUAGUGUCGAAACCUUCCUCUUACUCCUUGCGCUAAAGGUGAGAUAUCCAGAUAGAAUCACUUUGAUUAGAGGUAAUCAUGAGAGUAGACAAAUCACUCAGGUCUAUGGGUUUUAUGAUGAAUGCCUCAGAAAAUAUGGAUCAGUCAACGUCUGGAGAUACUGCACUGAUAUUUUUGAUUAUCUUGCCUUGGCAGCAAUUAUUGACGAUAAAAUCUUCUGAGUUCAUGGCGGCCUUUCCCCAUCAAUCAGCACAUUAGAUGAAAUUAAGAAUUUAGACAGAAAACAAGAGGUACCUCAUGAUGGAGCAAUGUGAGAUUUAAUGUGGUCUGACCCUGAUGAUAUCACAGGAUGGAGUGUUAGCCCAAGAGGAGCUGGAUAUCUUUUUGGAUCAGACAUUGUUGAAACUUUCAAUAGAACAAAUAGCAUCAGCCUAAUCUGAAGAGCCCAUCAAUUGGUAAUGGAAGGAUAUAAAGAAAUGUUUAAGGGAUCACUUGUUACCGUUUGGUCAGCCCCAAAUUAUUGUUACAGAUGUGGAAAUGUUGCAGCAAUUUUGGAAUUAGAUGAAAAUCUUCAGACAUUCUAUAAGAUUUUUGAGGCAGCUCCACAAGAAGCAAGAGGAGUUCCAGAGAAGAGAUCAGCCCCUGAAUAUUUCCUUUAAUA